AUGCCGCGACUCCAUCGCACGCGCUAUCUGACGUGCUUCUACUGCGGCCGCAAGACCUCCACCCCCUACGACGGCCGCACGCGCCGCUUUGAGUGUCCACACUGCGAUGCCACCAACUACCUCGACGAGAACGGCGACAUCACCGACCCGCCCGUCUCGACCGACAAGGAAGCGACCCCGCGCCAGUUCGCCGUGCCGCGCGCAUCGUCGCCGCCCUCGAGCCCGACCACCAACGCCUCCAUCUUCUGCGACACCUGCCUCAAGAACCAGCACCUGCUGAGCGCCUCCCUGGCACAGUACCUGCCGGACCCGGACGACCCCGACUACGCCGAGCGCGAGAAGGGCCUCUACCGCUUCCGCCGGAACCAGGAGCGCCUCUACCCGCAGAUAUGCGCCGAGUGCGAGCCCAAGGUGCGCCAGCGCCUCGAGCAGGCCGCCUACACCGCCAAGACGGACCUGCUGCGCCGCAUGCUCGACCGGAGCGCGAGCGCGAGGACCACCGCCAAAGCCACCGGCUGGCUGGAGCUCUUUGAUGCCGCCGGCAGGUGGCUGUGGGUCGCCGGGUUUGUGCUGCAGCUGGUCUGGCACGCUGUGGUGGUGCACGAGCUUCUUUUGCGGUACUUUACGUGGGCGGAGGUGGAUGAGAGCCUGGUUACGGUCCGGUGGCUGAGGAUAUGCGGGCCCGCAUUGGGCAGGCUUCCGGCUGCGGAACGGCUGCUGAGAUGGAGUGCGUUAGCCAGCGUGCUGGGCGCCUGGUGGAACCCGCGUUUUGCUCAGAUAUUUAGGGGCUUUACCAGGCACAUCAGCGGAGUCACACAAUGGUACUUGUUCCAGGCCAUGGCCGUCGCCCUCCGCAUUGGCCUGCCCAGGCUGGACUUGACGACGCCAGAUCCGUCGCGAAUUCAAAUUCAAAUGCUGAUGGCAGGCCACGCCUCUGCCGUGGGCUUUGUUUUUCUAAUAUUCACCCUCGCGCCACGCUCCAUCAAGAUCAACGUGGCCCCUUUAUUCAGCGCCUCCUCUUCCUCCUCUCAAUCCCUUCAGCUUCGCGACCCACCAGAGAAGUCUGCCUCCUCCGCACGCCACGACGAAACAAAAUCCAUCGCCGACCUCCUCGACGAGAUCUCGCGCUCCCCAGCCUCCAGCACGCCUCCGAGCCCCGUGGAGCUCUCCCCCGCCAUCCCGCGCCGCUCCAACCUCCCUCCCAUGGGCCACGCCCACACGCAAGCCGCCCAAAAGCUGACCACCUCCCUACAACAAAUCAACGCCCUCAACAUCUCGCCGCAACCCAUCUCCUCAUACGGCCGCUCGCACCGCGCCACAGAAGAAAUGGACUGGUGCCCGACCCCCUCCCCCUACCGAGCCUUCAACACUCAAGGCCAGCGCCCCGCCCAGCCCUUCGGCGCCGCCCCCACCGAGCCGCCCUCCCGGCCCUUCUGGUACCGCGUGCCGCCCGCACCGACCACCCCGGCCCAGCGUGUCUUCAACCCGCCCAACCAGCCGCGGCUGCGCGCGAGCCCGGUUGAGAAGCGCGAGGCCGAGGGCGGGUCUGCGGCUGGUAUUGCUGGUGGUGGUGGUGGUGGUAGUGGUGGUGGGACGGCGGUGACGUUUGCGGAGCCGAGUUUUUUCGCCGAUAUGGUGGUUGGUGGGGGCGAGAGGGAGAGGAGUGAUCCGAGGAAUGAGCUGUCGGGCAUGUUUGGGGAGGGGUUUCGGUUGGAUGGUGACGAGGGAGAGCGCAGGGGGAAGCAGGGCGGUGGGUGGUUUAGGAGGUUGGUGGGUGGUGGUGGUGGGAAGGGGGAUACCGGGAGGAAAAAGGCGUGAUUUUGGCAUGGUGUUAUGCAUAGGGCGGUUAUUUGGGUUGUCUUGUUACGCUCGGUUACUACUUUGUUGGUUUGGGUAGCUGGGCAUGUCUUAUGCUGGGUGGGACACGGCGAGCAUUGCAUUGCGUGGAUUAGGGACUGGGUGGGCGGCUGUUUGUAGAGGUCAUUAUCUUGUCCGUUUGGUCCGGCCAAACUACUAUCAAAAGUUUCCCGUCCACUCCCUCCUUAUGAUAUCUCCCAUUUCAACUUCUAAGAAAUCCACACCCAACCGGCCCGCCGGCUUCC